AAUUAUGGUGGAGGUCUCUCGUAAAAACAUUCUAUUCUUCGUGGGCGCAUUUUGCCUUCUGUCUACAUUAGGACAAGUACCCACGUACGUACUUGCGAUACGGGGCCCCCCAGGGAGUGAAGUUGUAUUCGCCCAAAUGCUUUUCCCGCCACCUGGUGCUAGAGCGGUGCCUAUUUCAAGAACCCCCGCUGAUGAAGUAGAGUUGAAACGCAGGAGAAGAAGAAGGAACGCGAAUAAUUUGGCCAUGCACAAGCACCUUGGACAGCCGCAUGCACGUCUACCACAAUCUGGUUCGCAACGACGUCCAGGAUCAACUAUACAACGGAUUGCAAGAAUGUUCAGACCCGGCCGGAGAUAGCCGUGCACACGACAUCGCCAUAUUACUCUACAGAGGAACUGACUUAAAGUUGGCACGUGGCUGAGCGCAAGCAACAGUGGGCGCGGCGGCACAAUUGGACACAGUUAACAAGAAGGUCUUCUUGCUGAUUGUAUCACCUCUAUUUCAAGGACCAAGCGUGUGCCCCAGACGCGAAAGCAAUGGAAACUGCGGCAAUGACUACAGCGUCUACGCACGCCACGAGUCCGUAUUCAGGGACAGAAUCAGCUGGUGGGCUAGGUUUUAUAUGGUAACCAUACGUGCUUUCGCGUGAAGAACGUAGAUUACACAAUAAAAGGACCCCUGCAAAGCUAGUAAGCAGCUGCAUUCCGCAGAUCAACCUAAAUUUCUAACUAUAUCUAGCCCCUUUAUUUUAUAACAGUUUCUACCAUUUUUAUGAGAGCUUCGAGACUAAAUUACUGCCUCUUCCAGUUGCUCUUGCUUCAGCGCACUAUAAAAAUUGCUCGCCUGUUCCUCGCUAAUAAUAUAUGAAUAAAAUUGAUCAGC